AAAGGAGAAGAUGAUCCAACUCAUUGAAGCAAUAAUGCAAACACCAAAGGAGAAGAUUAUCCAACUCAUUGAAGCAAUAAUGCAAACACUUGGCGUUCGGUGGGUUUUCGGCGGCAGCGUGAGAGGAGCAGGAAGGGGUGAAAGCCAUGGUUGGCUGGGGGUAAAAGUUUGACUUUGGGUUUGUGGAGUGUUCGGUAGGAUGUAGUGGGUUUCGGUGGCAAUGGGGGUUGGAGAGGAAGGGGUGGACGCAGUGGUUGGCUGGGGGUUUGGAGGCGAACGGUGGGCCAUGGGGCGAUGGGCUGUUUUGGGUAACGAAGGGAGAGAAGGGGAUACCUCGCUGGACCUCGGUGGUGGGUCUCUGCAGAGCGUCCUUCGCUGGGUAGCUCCGUCCAUGGUCGUGGAGAAGGUUACUGGCAGCAACGGCAGAUGGGGCCAGCGACA